AUGCGCAAGGGCCAGAAGGGUGUUUGUUUCUUGGCAGCUGAUAUCUUUCCGAUGGACGUUUUCGCCCACGUGCCGCUUUUGGCUGAGGAAAAAGGCGUGUACUACUGCUAUGUGUCCUCACGACAUCAGCUGGGUGCGGCCUGCCAGACACGACGCCCCAUCAGCUUGGUAAUGGUGCUGGAGCCCAAAAAGGAUGCAACUUAUGCCAAGACCUACGAGCAAGUGCUGAACGGGAUCAAAGCGAUUCAUCCAUACAUGUGA